UAGUCAGUCAAAGAUGCCGCUGCUUAUUGGUAGCUAGCUAACGUUAGCUACAGCUAACUUAUUAGCUUAUUGAUAGCUAUCGUUAGCUGCGCUAGUUGCCUUGAGUUUUUAUAUUAGCAGUUUGUAGCUAGUUAGCCACUGGCAUAGUUAGUUGAGUGGCCAGAAUUGGCCACAGGAGUGAGUUGGCCAACAAUUAGUUUCCAUUAAUUUAAGUUUGCCUUUAGUCUGGUGUUUUAUUUGGCACUACCUGGCUAGUCUGGCUACAAUGCCAGUUGGACGUUCGUGAAAUAAGGUUAUUGGUGCAAGCUAGCUGGUGCAAGUUGGCUAUGUCACCAGGUGAAAUAUUUGAAUGAGCUGUAGUCUAACGGUCGCUUUAGUUGUCAGGUCCAAGGUGUAUCGGUAGACUAGUUUACAGGCGGUGUGUCCGCUUGUGAAGUUCUCUUGAUAUUAGCUUAGGCUGAGUAUAAGUGCUAGCUAGCUUUCAUUAAUUAACGAAAUUACCAAUGGCUUUUUUAUUUGUUAGACGCUAUGCUACGUGUGUUAAUUUGACUAGUGAUGGGAAUGGACCUUCUUGAUUAAGCUGUCUGGAUCGGUAUCGGAAACAUAGCUAGCUAGCUGCCGUCCGUACGUUACGAGAUGUAGGAGUGUCGUCGGCUAUUCUAGUUCAUUCACCAAGCUACUGUAGCUAGCCGCUAGCCAGUUACCUGCUAGCCAACGUUAAGCCGUCACAGUUAUCCUGAUUCAGAGAACAGUCUCGCUUUUUUUGCCGGAAUUUAGAAAGUUCCAGAACUGCGCGUUGAUCUGUCAAGAUAACUGUGCAGCAAACUAUUUCAAAUUUCCCCGACUAUUUACUCCGCGACUCGGGUAAAAAAAAAAAAAAUUAAUAGCCUGACAUUGUAGUGGUUAGAGCUAGUUAGCGGCAAAGUCUCAACGCUUGUUAACAUUUGUUAACAUUGGCUAACACGUUAGUUUUUUAGGUUAGCUAGCUAGUCUUUCAGUUGCCAGUUUUAUUUGUAACAUGUUUUUGUUGCCUAUUUAACUUCCAAUAUUGUAAGCGCUGACUAGAUCAUGUUGAGUUACGUUAGUAUAAUGGGUAAAAAGGAGCGGUUAAAGGCCUCUCAUAGAAACCAUUAUCUACCAGGCAAUGCAUGAGCUACGAAACGCUUUCAUAUCUUGUUUUUUUAACAACAUAUGUAUGUGCAUUGAAAUAUCGUUUGUUUUUAGUUAUUGUUUGAUUUUUUUGAGAAAACUACGUUAACUGUCGGUGACAGCUUGGCGAGCGAGCUAGCUGGCUUCACCCAAGACGACGAAAUGUCAUGAAAAUUAUUUGUGAAUGUUAGUAGGUAUAACAUUAGGUUGUUAAUAUAUCAUUAGCUGGUAUCUACUAAAACAUUGUCGUGCAUCACAGGACCUAGCUCCCUGUAGUCUGUACAUUAAAAAACUUUGACGAGGUUAUGUAAUUCCAUUGCAUGUGAUAAGCAACGCACCGUAAACAAAAGUAGCCCAUCAAAAAAGUUGACAGGCAGUUUAGAGUCCGCUACGCUUUUUUAGGGGUGGGGGGGUAAACUAAUAUUCUAAUGUCUAGCCUAUGCGUGUAAGUAAAUGUGGGUAUUUUAAAGUGACUGGUCACUCCUGGUGCUUUCGGUACAGCGUAGCCUCCAGUGUACAUUGGCUGGCUCGCAUUCCGUCGCCCGACUCGGCUACCUUUCUGUACCCGCGCCAAAGAGUUGGGUUUCAGUCCGCUAUCGGUGCCUGAACAGGCGGCGCUGUAUGACAGCAACGACGGUCCGUUUGAAUUCAUCCCGAAGCACAUUAAAUGCGUCGGAGAACGUGUAAUUUGAUAAAUAUUCAUAGGUUGGUCCGGAGCGUGUUCUCUUGAAGCAUGUAUGUGGCGCAUCAAGCUGAUUACCUGGCAAAUCAGCAGGCUACAGCAUGCACCUCCCUAGGACAUGGAGUUCGAGACCAGGCGUUCAUCGUUUGCCCCGCCGGGCCUGUCCCUCACGUGCAGAUGAUGAUCAGGCUGCUUUAAUGAAGAGCCCUGUUCUUUAGUGUCUCCUGCUGCCCCGUGUCUCCCUGGUUGUUGCCGUUUUUGGAUUUGCGCUGAUUUCUCGUUGUUUUGAGUGAAUGCCUCUAGAUGCACACUGAGCUUUGUGCUGCAUUGUGUUCCAACUGACUCUCAGGUGUGUGUGUUCCAACUGAUUCUCCAGGAAGCUGCAGCUGCUCGGCUGUGCCGCGGCUGUGAGCGGGGCUGCGGGAUCAUGGGCGAGAAUGGCCCCCACAGGGAGGCCAUGUACUUCGAGGUGGAGGUGGACGCCCUGACGCAGCACGACGACGACGACGACAAGAUGGCCGACUUCGACAAGGAGGACGACGACGGCGACCUGCUGCCCUCCACGUCCACCUCCGCGUCGGGCCGCGUGUACGACCGCACCACCGUGCUCAUCGAGCAGGACCCCGUCGGCCUGGACGAGGAUGAGGAGGACGACGAAGAGGAGGAGGGCGGGCACUGCGGGCACGGGGGCGGCGGUAUGAGCUUCCUGGCGGAGGGCUCGGAGGGAGGCCUGACCUUCAUGGUGGACCCUGACGGCAUGUCACAGGGUUAUGUGCAUCACACCAUCUCGCCCGACCAGAUUCAGUUCAUCAUCAAUCCCGGCUCCACCCCUAUGCCACGGAACAUAGAGGGCGCCACCCUCACCCUGCACUCGGAGUGCCCGGAGACCAAGCAGAGAGAGGUGAAGAGGUACCAGUGCAUGUUUGAGGGCUGCACGCGCACCUACAGCACGGCGGGGAACCUGCGGACGCACCAGAAGACGCACCGCGGGGAGUACACCUUCGUGUGCAACCAGCAGGGCUGCGGGAAGGCCUUCCUCACCUCCUACAGCCUGAAGAUCCACGUGCGCGUGCACACCAAGGAGAAGCCCUUCGAGUGCGACGUGCAGGGCUGCGAGAAGGCCUUCAACACACUGUACAGACUCAAAGCACACCAGAGGAUCCACACGGGGAAGACGUUUAACUGUGAAUCGGAAGGAUGCACUAAGUACUUUACCACGCUCAGCGACCUGAGGAAGCACGUGCGCACGCACACGGGGGAGAAGCCCUUCCGCUGCGACCAUGACGGCUGUGGUAAGGCGUUUGCUGCCAGCCACCACCUGAAGACGCACGUGCGGACGCACACAGGAGAGAAGCCUUUCGUCUGUUCCAGUGAUGGCUGUGAGAAGACAUUCAGCUCCCAGUACAGCCUCAAGAGUCACAUCAAGGGUCACGACAAGGGUGUGCCCCUCAACCACUCCUCUCUGUCCGAAGAUGCAAAUCACUCUCUAUGCCUGAGUGACCUGAGUCUCAUCUCCACAGACUCAGAGCUGCGCGAGAACAUUCAGAACUCUCAAGGCCUGGACCUGAACAAUGUUACUCCUGUGCGGAUAUUCGAGCUGAUGUUCCAGAGCCCGGAAAACAGCGUCAGUCAAGAUGAGGCUCCGCCUUCAGACGGGCUGGUGGAGCCGUUCACCUUGGAUAACCCCGCCCCUCCUGCCGUGUCGGACGCCAGCUCCCUCCUCUCCCUCCCCCUGCCGUUCUCCUCCUCAUCCUCCCUGACCACGCCCGCCCCAGAGACCCCCGCUCAGCCUGCGCAAGGCCCCGCCCUCGGCCCCGCCCCCUUCGUCGCCACGCCCAGCUCCCACACGCCGGAAGUGCCUGCCCCGCCCCCUGCUCAGCACUACCUGGCCCUGCAACCGACCUUCCUGCCGCAGGACCCCGCCCCCGGCCCCGCCCAGGCCGCGCCCCCCGCCGUCGCCACGGCGACCACCACCGUCGCCACGGAGACGCCGCCGGCGCCCCCGCUCCCCGCGGCGGCCGCCACAGUGCACACCGUGCCUUUAACCGCCAGCGCCGGCCUGACGGCCAGCCCCACCAUCACCAUCGCCCCCCCCCAGGGGCUGCUGCCGCCCAGCAUCGUCAUGUCCGACCAGAACCUGCAGUGGAUCAUCAACAGCAGCACCGGCAGCACGCAGAACCCCGAGCAGCCGCAGGGUACAAAGGUAGAGAAGGUGUUCUUCACCACUGCCAUUCCUGUGGCUGGAAGUGCAGGUAACUCGGUGCAGCAGAUCGGGCUCAGCGUGCCCGUCAUCAUCAUCAAACAGGAGGAGUCCUGCCAGUGCCAGUGCUCCUGUAGGGACUCCAAAGAGAAGGGCAAGAGCUCUGCUCCCCCAGACCCGCCCACGGACCCGCCCCCUGCCCCUGCCCCUGCCCCUGCCCCCGCCCCCACCACCGACACAGCUCUGCCCCAGCCAGUCCCCGCCUCGCCCUCCAAAAAAGAUGAGGCCCCGCCCCCCAGCCAUGGCCCCACCCCCACAGCCCAGACUUUCCCCUCGGAGGGCCUUUUAGCCCCGCCCCCUGAGCCCCAGGGCAACGCCCUCGUCAACAUGGACAUGUCGGAUUUCCUGUCGCUCCACAGCCCGGAGACGCCCGGCAACAUCGAGGCGCUGCUGCUCGUCCCCGAGGACUUCCCCAUCGGCGGGGGGGGCGGGGGGGGCCGGGGGGGCGAUGGCUCUGCCCCUGGGGCCAGUUUUGCAAAAUAACUGCCUCCUCCCCUCCCCUCUUCUCCCCAGGGGUGCUGAGUUCUACGCGUCGCCCAGACGGACGCAAACUCUGCCACCGUUACGUCUGCUGCGAGGGAAGCCUCCUCACUGGAGGCUCCCCACCAACACCGCUUCUCAUUGGUCCGUUUACUUUUGUUUUUAUGUUUUGUGUGUUUAUUUUGUUGUUGUUUUUUUGCCAGCAGUA